UUAUUGCAAUGGUAAUACACAACCACCAACUUGUCAAUGUUUAUCAACGCACAUUAGCGUUCAUGAUCAUUGUGAAAAAGGCUUGCUUUUAAUUUGUAGUUUAACUUUAUUUUUAUUUUUUUUAGUAAUUUACCCAGGCCAAAAAGGAUGUGAAACUGAUCUUCAGUGUAGUGCUGGAUAUGCUGGUGCUCGUUGUUUAAAUGGUCAUUGUGUUUGCCCUCCUGGAUCAUCAGCAUUGGAACAAACUUGCAUUCCUGGCUUGUAACAUUUCUCAUCUUAUUCCUGUAUGUUCUGCUGAUUCUUAUUGUUUUGAGGGUUUUUGUGUUUGCAAUCCACCUUUAAGUUUAUUCCAAAAACAAUGUAUUAAUUUGAAGAAAAAUUUUGAAGAAGAAAAUAAAAAGGAAGGAAUUAAAGUUAAACGUCGUCGUUUACAUUUGGAAGAAUUUGGAGGAAAUUUUAACAGAAAAAUGUUUAAAAAUGAAGUUUUACGAAAUAAAGUUGAAGAGAAAAAUGGGAAAAAUUUGUCAAAAAAUUUACUGAAAAAUUCAAAAAAUUUUUUAAAAAGAAUAUUUAAAAAAAGCAAAAGAAGAAAAAGAAAAUUAAAAGAAGAAAAGGAGCAACAACAAAAACAAAAUGAAAAGAAGGGAAAAAUAAUGAAGGAAAAAAUAAUGCCGGCAAGUUUUAAAAUUUUUUUAUUAACCAAAACUUUGUCGCAAAGACUACAAGGUGAGAUAUCUUGGUGUUUAGUCUUGGCCCAUCUCAAAAUUUCACCAACCUUUCGAUUAAUUGGUUCCAAAUGUAAUGCAAAUAUUGACCAUUGUUCUGCUGGUGCUGAUUGUUUAAACUCCAAAUGUGUUUGUCUUGAAGGUUCCGUUCCGGAUACUCAAAAGCGUUAUUGUCGUCAAUAUCCUGGCAAAAGUUGUGCAAAAGGUCAAAUGUGUACUGACAGAUCUGAAUGCGUUUUUGGAAAAUGUAAAUGUCGUAGAGGACUUGAACUACAAAUUUUUGGAAAUAUUAGCAAAUGUGGAGAGCCUAAGAAGAAAAAUGGAAAAAUGCCUUUAGCCGGUCAUUUGUGUGCUAAUAAUGAAUGUACUGCAGGUGCAAAAUGUCAAAAUGGAAUUUGCACAUGUUUAGAAGGUUAUAAUUUAUUUCAUGGUGAAUGUCUUCCUCCUCGUGCAAGUCUUAGCGGAACCAACACUUUCCAUGAACAUUCUCUUUUGUUUUCUCCAAAUUUUCCAUUAAUGGAUUCAUCAACAUUUGAAAUUAAAUAUAAAGAAAGGAAGGAUGAUUUAAGUGAAGAAGAUCCAUUACCAACCAAAACAGUUGUAGCAGGAGCGCCGUGUCGACUUUCACUUGAAUGCCCUUACAGAACAGAAUGUUUGCGUGGUGUUUGUCGUUGUAAACAAGGAGAGACGAUAAUAAAUGGAGUUUGUAGAAAAGCAAUACAUGAGGUGUUACCUGGUGGCCGGUGUGACACUCAAAACGGUGUUGAUUGCAUAGGGGAAUCUCAUUGUUUUUAUGGCAUUUGUGUUUGUCUUUAUGGGCUUGUUAUUACUGGACAGGAAUGUGCUAAUUCCUCAUUAAUGAAAGCUGUACGUCCAGGUGGAAGAUGUAUUUUGGGUCAACGAUGUACUGGAAGGUCUAGAUGUGUGCGUAGCAUUUGUCAAUGUCCUCAGUUUGUUUUCUUUAAUUUUUGGGGGGUAAAUGCCAAGUUGAUGUACCAAUUAGGGUUCGCUAGGGUUGGGUUUUCAUUUUUGCUUUCGCAAAUGGCACUUCACUUUUUUACGCUUCUGCUUCUUUUAGGGCAGAAAGCUGACAUUUCUGGAGAUAAAGGAUGCAUCAAUCCAUCAAUUACAGAAACAAAUUUAUCAAAACCAAAGAAAUAUGAAACAAAAAUGGAUGACGAAAAUCAAGAAAUUGAAGAAGAAGAUGAUCAAAAAUUGCCAAAAUUUGUCUAUACAAUCCCAGCUGCAUUAGCAGCUGCUGGUGAAAGAGGAAAAUAUAAUCAAAUUUUGACUGCUAAUCAAAUGAGUAUAAACUUGAUGGACAGCAAGACUUUACGUUCACUUUUUGCUCCUUUAUUAAAACACUCAUUGAGAAGGGAAAGUGGAGAAGAAGAAACAAGAUCGUUUGGAGGUUGCAAAGGGACAAAUUGUCAUCCCCACUCAUUUCCUAAAUUUAUUUCUCCUCCAAAAUCAUCAGCAUCUUCCAUUUUGGCUGUUGGACCUCCUUCACAUCUUGACACCUUCAAUUCUAAAAACUUGCCUGAAUCCACCUCUUCCACUUCUCCUUUUGGAAUACCUGGAACUCAUUGCAGUGUCUCUACCAAUGGUCAAUCAACUUCUUGUAGUGGAGGUGCCAUUUGUCUUGGAGGAAUUUGUGUUUGUAGACCAGGAUUUAGACCUUUAAAUGGACUUUGCCAAAUCUCCAAAGUCGAGUUGGGCGAACGCUGCUUCAUAAACGUUAGUUAUUUUUUGAAUUAG